AUGAAGAUCUUUUAUAUCGGUAUUCUGCGAAUCGAUCAACAAGGAGGUGCCCAUGAGGCCCUAGAACUGGCCUCUGUACGCGAAAUGUCCAGUUUCUCGUUCUUUGAGCGAUCAAGCGUUUCACAAUUUAUGACAUUCUUUGCAAAUACAGUUGCUGCUCGUACAAGUCCUGGACAACGUCAGAGCAUUGAAGAAGGUGAAAACUACGUGGGACAUGUUUAUGCACGCUCAGAAGGCGUUGCAGCCGUGAUUAUUUCCGACAAAGAGUACCCGGUCCGGGUUGCAUUUUCUCUGCUUAAUAAGAUUUUGGAAGAAUACCUGGUCAAGUACCCGGCAAGUGUGAUUGCAGGUGCCACAACUGCAAAUGCGCCGACUACAAAGUUUCUCGAGCUGGAUACGUACCUGGCCAAGUACCAGGACCCGCAAAAUGCAGACACUAUUAUGAGGGUGCAACAGGAGUUGGAUGAGACCAAGAUUGUGCUACAUAAGACUAUUGAAUCUGUCCUAGAUCGUGGUGAGAAACUGGACUCUUUGGUGGACAAGUCGGAGGCUCUAAGUGCAUCGUCGAGGAUGUUUUACAAGCAGGCCAAAAAGACAAACUCCUGCUGUGUCAUUUGUUAA